AUGACUAACUUUGGAACGGAACGAGUUUACCAAAAUUUCGAGCCUGCAACUAGAUGGACCUCUGAACCAGACGCCGAGGUCCUUGUCGCUGAUCUUCCAGGAUUCAAGAGAGAACAACUUAAGGUGGCGGUAACCACAACAAGGAAGCUAAGAUUGAGUGGAGAACGUCCAACUGGCGGAAACAAAUGGAUUCGUUUCCACCAGGAAAUUCCUGUUCCCUUGACCGCUGACAUUGACUCGGUUUCAGCUAUAUUCAAGGAUAACAAACUCUACAUCCGGCAUCCCAAAGUGAAGACAGAAAUCCCUCAAACUAAGCCACUGUCACCAGUCAAACCACCGGUGUUCAUUAAACACCGUGAUCACCACGAGACAAAACAAGGCCAGGGUUUAAAAGCAAAGGUUGGUGACAAAAUCGAUCAGCUGAAACAUGAUGCACAGCAAAAAGCAAGGGAACUACAGAGUGGAAAAAAGGAAUUAAUUGGUGAGCCUAGAGGACCUUUGAGUUCCAAGGAUGAGGAGAAAGACAAAGUUGGAGCGAAAUGGUUCGAGAAGUACAAAGAGGCAACUGGAAAUGUGGUAAAGGAAGCUAAGAACAAAAGACAGUUACUUUGCAAUUUGGCUGCUUCGAUUUCAUUGGUGCUGCUAAUCUUACUGUAUGCGAGAAAUGCAGUACGCUCAUCCCUUGUGUGGAAAUCCGAGGAGUGA